UUCUGGGAGGAAGGCUUGGGAGUCCCCUAAGACAGAUCAUCAGUCAGUUCUCUCUACUUGUGACUCAGGAAGGCCAGGUCCCCUGACUACCUUCUGUGCUAGGGAUCACUUCCUUGUCGAGUGGGACCUGAGUUUUGAGAGGGGGUUUUGCUCCCCUUCAUCUGGUCCCUUUCCUUCCAAGGCCCCAGAGAGGAAGGCAUGGGGUGGGCCCUAGCCCUGCUUCUAGCAUUCCUGCCUCCUGUCAGUCAGAUGUCUUCCAACUUUGAAGGGAGAACGAAGUUAGUCACCGGGCGGACUGGGUCAUCUGCUGUAAUCACCUGUGAUCUUCCUGUAGAAAAUACCAGAUACAUCCACUGGUACUUCCACCAUGAGGGGAAGGCCCCACAGCGUCUUCUGUACUGUGACACCUACCAGUCCAAGGCUGUGUUGGAUUUAGGAAUCAGUCCAGGAAAGAAGGAUAAUUAUCUAAUCUUGAAGGGGAGCUGGAAAUUGGUACUGCAAAAUCUAAUUGAAAAUGAUUCUGGGGUCUAUUACUGUGCCGCCUGGGACAGGCACAGUGGUUCAGACCUGCCCUACACCACACUGAAAUCUGCCUUGUGGCUGCUUAGCUGCCCCUCUCAUUUCCUGCCACUGAAUUUACUGUAUUCUGUACAAAGAGAAACACAGCUUCACUCCCGAUCUCCCCCUCAUAUCACACUCCCCUGGCCGCAGCUGCACCUGUUCCCCACCCCUCCCCAGGACCUUCCUGAAGAGCAGGCUGCCGUCUCCAGGCCUCAGCUAAGCAGCCUGCCUGAGAGCAAGGUUCCCUCAGCUCUCCUGGGACACGGCGGAGGCCCACUCACUCUGCUUCCUAUACAGGGACACCUAGGGUCCAGCUGUGAAACCAGAUAUUUUGCACAGCAAAUGGGAAGGGUAUUUAUACUGAAUCAUGUAUCCAACCACGGUCCAGAUAUGGCAGGUUAGAGUGGUGCUCACCUCUUAUAACAAUAUGAACAAUACUAUAAUUCCCACGAAAUCACUAGGCCUAGAUAUGCUGUUGAACAUUCUCUCCCUCUGCCGUCCUUUUUUCUCUCUU